AUGACGAACGAAGCAGCUGUAAAGGAUGAUGAUAGUGAAAAUAUGGAUGAGUUUUUUGAUGCAACAGACGCGUCUUUUGGAGGAAGCGAAAGCGAUGUAUAUGAUGACGAUGUUCACUUUAUUGUUGAUGAAGGUACCGAUUAUUUAAAUGAAGAUGUGAUGUUUGAGAUGGAUGAACUUGGAUUGAUGCUUAAUGCUACAUUAGCUAGCGAUUAUAAUGGUGCUAAUGCUGCGCGGUUAAAUGCUAUUUUUUUUAAUGACUGGACGAUUUUGUUGGAAAAGCAAGCAAUUGAAUUAGGUUUUCCUGAUCUUGAACAACUGCUCAGAUCAGAAUACAUGAGAGAUUACGUAGAACAGACAUCAUCAAUUAAUGGUAUUGCCAUAUACAGGGCAGUCUCUAAACCAGCUAAUGAACAUAUUCUUCGAAGAGUUGCGGAAUGCAGAUUAAAUGAUGAUCAGAAAGCUAAAAAACGAAGAAUACAGAGAUUGUUGGAGCUAAAAAAUCCAGAAAACGAACGAAAUUUUUUAGAGGGAAAACGUCGGAUUCUGCAGAUUUUGCUGGAUUUAAAAGCUGAUAAGACGGAAGUUGAUUAUCAAGUUAUCCGAGACGAAUACAUGAAACGUUAUAAAAUUAGUUUGAAUGCUUCUGAGCACCAACGGUUAUUCAUGAAUAAGUCGGCGUUGAAAAAUUUUUGGCGCGCUUUUUACCGAGAAGUUAUUUUACUUAGUGGCUGCCCCAUCCGAGUAAAACUGAGAAGCUCGGAUGUAAAAAUCCCCGAGGAAAUAACAGAAGAUCUUCGUUUGUUAGUGAAUGUCGAUAAAAUUGAACUUCCAAUAUUUCCUUUGGAAUGUCGACCACUUACAUCAAAUUUUAUGCGCGAAAGAAGAGCUGUAGAAUAUGCGGAAAGUGUUGUCGUUCCUACUGAAAAUGUUCCGAAGAAACCUACAAUGGAUUGGGGUGAAGAAGUGGAGGAAGAUGAAGAGAAGCAAUUAAACGAUGGGAAGCAGCGUAGAGAUGAUAUUGGAAAUGCUGACAGGGUUAACGGCAUGGUCCCUUCCAGUUUGACUAAAAUAAAAUCAGUCAGUGAGGAUAAAUAUACAGACGAUGAAGAAUCUGCUGAUAGCAGUGAUUCGGAAACAGAAGUUUCUAGAAAAUAUCGAAGAAAAUUCAAGAGGAAUCUGAACACAUUCAAUAUUUCCUCAGCAUCUUCAGAGCAAUCGGGAAAACGUUUGUCAAUUGCCGAACGUUCCUUGCAGCAAUCAUUCAGCUAUUCACAAGAUCGAUUCCCAUCAUCGUCUACUGUUUUUAAUUCUGCAGGAUUGAUUCCGGAACUGAAUAAGGUACCAUAUGGUUCAUACACUGUUCCUAAUUCUGCCGCUGGUCAGUGCACUUUGCGUCAAGCAGAAGACACUAGCAGUUACAGCAAGUUAAAUGAGAAUGUUCGAAGUCCUUUUUCAAGUAAGAAAAUUUAUAUUUUAAUUAUAAUAGCAGAUAAGUCUCAUGACGAUGGUUGGGCAACAAAUGCAAAACACAUGCAAUCCUCUCAGUCAAAUCGAAUUCAGCAACAUGGUCAAGAUUAUCUAGAUGAUUGUGCUGCGUCUGUCAAGUUUUUUUCUUCUGAUCCACAAAUUAUGCAGUUAUCAAAAGAAACACAAACUGACGAAAACUGGCUGGAAGCUUUACUUGAUGAAUUGGGAUGUCAUAAUUCGGUAAUCAUUAUUUCAGCUUGUAGCUUGCAGAAAAAAAGUCCACUGAAAAAAUUAGCAGAAGUAAUAGAAUUAAUAGUGGAUAUACGAUCACCAAAUCCAGUUUUGGUUGGAAUUUUUCCUCUGUCAGCAUUGCCACAAAUUGUCGGGUCAUUGUAUGGCACUCCAAUAAAACCAGAAGAUGAUGAGAAUUAUCGAAAGGCGUGGAAAGAAAUUGUAAGGGAUUAUUGUAGUGCAGAAAUACUUAUUUCACCGUUACCGAAUGGCGAGGAAGUAUUGGUUAAGAAGAAAUGUUAUUGCUGA